AUGGAGCAAGAGACCAUCAGCCAGGUUGGCACCGACCAGCACUCCAUCAGCGACGACAGUAACGCCGAAAAAGGAUAUGUCGAACAAGUUGAUCUUCAUAACAAUGUGUCUGCAAAAAUCAAGAACCCAUUGGCCGACUUGACCAAAAGUCAAGUCUUGCGUGACGUCGAGAAUUUCGCCCAAGAGUUUAACGUAACGGACAUUUUACCAGAGCUCCGGAAAGGAGCAUUAGUAGCUCGCUCUCCAACCGAGUUCGAGUCAGUACCAGACCUGACCGAGACCGAGCUGACGGCGCUGCGAGACGAAACCCUGCACAAGUGGCGCCAGCCUAGAGCACUGUACUUCACCAUCAUUCUAUGUUCUGUUGGUGCAGCUGUGCAAGGAUGGGACCAAACAGGCUCUAAUGGCGCAAACCUGUCAUUCCCCGAUGCAUUUGGGAUCCCCGAAACAGACAACCCAAACGCCUAUCGAAACCAAUGGAUUGUCGGAGUCGUCAAUGCCGCUCCAUAUAUCGCUAGUGCUGUCCUAGGCUGUUGGCUCUCGGAUCCCUUUAACCGUGUCCUCGGCCGCCGUGGAACAAUCUUCAUCUCGUCCAUCUUCUGUGUCCUCUCACCUAUUGGCUCAGCCGUAACCCAAACCUGGGAACAACUUUUCGCAACUCGUCUACUGCUCGGUCUAGGAAUGGGAUUGAAGGCGUCAACGGUCCCAAUCUUCUGCGCCGAGAAUACACCAGCUGCUAUUCGCGGCGGUCUAGUGAUGUCCUGGCAACUCUGGACGGCAUUUGGCAUCUUCCUCGGAUUCAGCGCAAACCUUGCUGUCAAAGACACAGGUGCUAUCUCAUGGCGUCUACAGCUUGGCUCAGCCUUUAUUCCCGCUAUCCCCCUCCUCGUCGGUGUUUUCUUCUGCCCCGAGUCGCCUCGCUGGUAUAUUCGACGUGGCGAGAUGGACAAGGCUUACCGAUCGCUCUGUCGCCUACGCAAUACCCCCCUACAGGCUGCCCGUGAUCUUUACUAUAUUCAUGCCCAGAUCAAGAUUGAAUUGGGUCUUAUCGGCGAUAGUAAUUAUGUCAAGCGCUUCGUUGAGCUUUUCACCAUCCCCCGUGUCCGUCGUGCCACUCUUGCAUCUUUUACUGUUAUGAUCGCCCAGCAGAUGUGUGGUAUUAACAUUGUGGCAUUUUACUCAUCCACUGUCUUUUCCAACGCCGGUGCGAAUGAUACACAGGCUCUCUUUGCUUCCUGGGGCUUCGGCUUGGUCAAUUUCUUGUUUGCUUUCCCUGCCAUCUGGACAAUUGACACAUAUGGACGCCGCACUCUAUUACUAUUCACCUUCCCGCAGAUGACCUGGACGCUUCUUGGUGCUGCCUUCUGUUUCUGGGUCCCUGAAGGAAAGGCCCACCUGGCGUCUAUUGCCUUCUUUGUUUUCUUGUUUGCUGCUUUCUACUCGCCCGGCGAAGGACCUGUACCUUUUACUUACUCAGCUGAGGUCUUCCCUCUAUCCCAUCGUGAGGUCGGCAUGUCCUGGGCUGUGGCUACCUGUCUAGGAUGGGCAGCUGUGCUAUCUAUCACCUUCCCUCCCAUGCUUCACACGAUGACAGCCACUGGCGCAUUUGGCUUCUAUGCUGGUUUGAAUGUGACUGCUCUCAUCAUGAUCUUCCUCUGGGUUCCCGAGACAAAGCAGCGCACGCUUGAAGAGCUCGAUUAUAUUUUCGCUGUUCCCACGCGCGUUCAUAUGAAGUAUCAGCUUACCAAGGCCCUUCCUUACUGGUUUAAUCGCUAUGUUUUCCGCAGGAAUGUUGUACUAGAGCCUCUCUACAAGUUUGAUACCGUUGCCAGUGGUGACGAAGUUGUUGAGGAGGCGAAGACAACCAGCGUUGUAUCUGAACAUGCAAAGGCAUAA